AUGGAGAAAUCGUGUGUCAAAGAAAUUGCAACUCAAAUGGCUUCUGCAGAUGGCGAUCGUUUCAAAGAUCUGAAGGCUUUCGACGAUACAAAAGCUGAUGUGAAAGGUCUUGUCGAUGCAGGUAUUGCUAGGCUUCCCAAAAUCUUUAUUCAGCCAGCUGAAGAGCUCAUUAAUGGGUUAAACAAUUGUCAUCUCGAGGUACAGCUUCCGAUCAUAGAUCUCAGUGAAAUAAGAAGUGAAGAUAACAGCAAAAGCGUACUUGCUCAAAUAAAGCAAGCACGGGAGGAAUGGAGAUUUUUUCAAGUAACCAACCACUGGAUUCCACAGAAUGUGUUGGAUAGAAUGAUAGAAGGAAUUCGCAAGUUUCAUUUGUUGCAUCAAUACUGUUCUCGUGAUCGGUUGAGAACAUGUCAAAAUGAUGAAGAUUGCCCUUCAUGA